AUGGGAUAUAGAUGGAAAAAAUCUACAAACUUGAGGAAGAUUUUAGUAGAAAAAUCAAACAUUGUUGCAUGGCGCGACAAAUAUUUAAGAGCGAUUGAUUCGUACAGGAGACAAGGAAAAAAUGUUAUAUAUUUAGAUGAAACUUGGGUGGACAACACUUUAUCCUUUAGCAAAUGCUGGCAAAGCAAUGAAGAAAUUGGGGUGUUAAAAAACAACAGUUCUUCCCACCGUUACAUAAUUGUUCAUGCGGGUGGCGAAGGAGAAUUUGUUAAAGGUGCUGCCUUGAUUUUUAAAGCGCGCAGUACAACGGGGGACUACCACGGGCAGAUGAAUGCCCUCAAUUUUGAGAAGUGGGUAAGCGAAAAAUUGUUACCUAAUAUCCCCUCUCAAUCAGUGAUUGUAAUGGAUAAUGCUCCGUACCACACGGUACAAAUAAAUAAACCACCAACCGCGUACGGAAAAAAAUCCGACAUGAUAAAGUGGUUAGAAGAAAACAAUAUCCAGCACACAGCCACCAUGAAGAAAUAUCAACUGGUGGAAUUAAUACAACGUAAUAAAAGUCUAGAUAAAACUUAUAGGGUGGACGAAUUAUUUAAAAGGCAUGGACAUAAUGUCCUUAGAUUGCCACCUUAUAUGUGCGAGUUGAAUCCCAUUGAAUUGGCAUGGGCUAAAGUCAAAAGGAUUAUUCGGGAGAAUAAUACAUCGACACUGACAGCCACCGAAUUGAUAAAAUUAACCGAAACAGCAAUUAAUGACGUGACAACAGAAGACUGGGUAGGAUUCUGCAAACACAUAAAGAAAAUUGAAGACCAAUACGUCGAAACAGACAACGCCAUGGAAAACAUAAUGGAGGAAAUUGCUGAUGCACAUCCAAUAAAUGCUACCAGUUGCAGCAAUGAAAGCAGUGAUAGCGAUACCAACAGCAGCAGCAGCAGUGUUCAAGAUUAA